AUGUUGCUAGCAAGGGAAGGCGAGGUAAGAUUGAUGGAGAGGAGGGGCUCCAUCGGCUGGGUGUUGCUAGAAAGCGUAGGACGGUGGGGCGGGGCUAGACCAAGGUCAGAGGUGGGAGGUGCCAACACCAAGAGAAACGUCGGAGGUGGGAGAAGCUGUCGACGUCGAGAACUGAGAAAAAGAGAAAGGGGACAUCCGAAAGCCACUUCUUUGAAAAUUUUCUCAUUGUUGUUUCGAGAACUUUGUGCAAAACUCUUUGAUGGAAAUAGUGCCUCUGAUAAUCUCAGUUACGCCACAUCCCAAACACCAUCGAGACAUGGAUCAUCUUCUUUCCAUGUCGCACCACUACAACUUAUGGACACCCCUUCUGUUAACAUAGAUGAGGAUGAUUUCUUUUCCAAUCAUACUACUCAGCCACCACCUUCUGCUGCUUCACCUUCUGGUAACCCCAACAAAAGAGCUAAACUCUCAAAUCCUAGACCUCGAGUUGCUAGUGUCUCACUUAAGCAACCUUCUAGUGCCUCCCCUAAAGCUUCUAUUACUGUUGAUGAUUUAGCAUUGGAGAUGCAGAAAGCUCUAUGA